GAGAGCGCUGUGUUCGUGAGAAAGCACAUGUUGUGCAGAUAGUGUAAAUUAAUCACGUGUGAUUUUGAUUAAUACACACAAAACAUAAUCAAACCAUGUCUUCAACGCAGCCCACGUUACCAGUGCAGAAAGCGCCCAUGCACGUGCCUCCCCUGGAAGAAGUUCUAAACGUCUUACAGGAUGGUUUAGAGAAGAAUUUCAGCAGCAUUUCAGUGUCAGUAGUAGACUGUCCUGACUUGACAAAGGAGCCAUUCUUCUUGUCUUCUCCAGGUAUAUGUGGUAAGGCUAGACUUGCCGAUAUUGGAGGCCCACCAUUUCUCCUUCCUCUUCCUCAAAAGGACAAGAAAUUCAACUUUAAACAAAUCUCUAAGCUUGUAGAUCUUCCCGAUGCAUUCAUGAUUGGAGCUGGUGCUGGGCCGCACCAUGUUGUUGGAGUUAACUGUGAGCUUGUUUGCAAUGUUCAUGUUCCAAAAGACAAGGAUAACGAUUUGACUAACCAGUCUUAUACAGUGAAGGUCGGCCAAAAGGAUCAAGGAUGUGUAAUGGAGAAAAUGACUUGUACAGACUUUUGUCUGAUGGGGAACUUUCUCUGUUCUGAAGGAAAGCCAGGGAAGGUUUUAGAAGUUAUUGCUAGUCAGAGAACAGGCCCGCUAAAUUUCAUGUCGUGUCUGCAGAAAACUCUAGCCAACUACUACAAAGAAAAGCCUGUUGCACUUGGUGGAACAUUCCUGGUAGAAAAGGGGAAAGCCCGACUUCACAUUAUGCCCGACUUCUCUGACGUUCCUCUGAAUUGUGAUGAUGAUGUGAACAACUGGCUCAAGUUCUAUGAAAUGGAUGCUCCCUUGGUGUGCGUUGGAGAACUGGUGUCAUAUGAUCCGGGUUUGCAACUCAGGAUGGAGCACUUCCAUUGCUUCAGCCAGCACGGCCAGGGUGGACACUAUCACUACGACACGACGCCGAAUGAAGUGAAAUACCGGGGCUACUUCUCUCUAGCAGAGACCAUCUAUCGCAUUGACGAACCCAAGGAAGGAAUCACAUUUGGUCGCGAUGACCAUGAUAUCAAAUAAUAAUAAUAAUAAUAAUAACAAUAAAUUCUUUAUUUAUAGAAGGUAGCUCAGUUAGUUCUAGACUAUUCUCCCCUGAGGCCUUCUUACUAAUUAUAAUAAUAAUAAUAAUAAUAAUGAUCAUAAUAAUAUAAAAAAAUUAAAUCCUAACAAAACCAUAUGGGUACAUUUGUAUGUACAAUAUAUACAACCAUCAAAGAUGUUAAAACAUAAUUAUGUAGUAGAGCAAUCAUGUUUCUACAAAGUGUUUGAAACAUUUUUAUUAUAUAUAUUUAAAGUAGUACAUUUUUAACAUCAUUAGGUAAACUCAUCCAGAUACCAACUCCAGAAAAUUGAAAGCUUUUCUUGUAGUGCUCUAUUUUUGGUGGGAGAGCUCAGUUCAUAAAUUGAUGACAUUGGAUUAAACAGAUUUUUGAUGUACUGAGGAGUAAGUCUAUUUACUGAAUCCAACUAAUGGUCUGAUUUUAAUGUACUAUAGCCAUAACGAAUAGACCAAGUGGGGGGGGGGGGGACACCCAUUAGCCAAUGGGCUUGCGUAGUUAGGGCUGAUAUUUACAUUUAGGUGAACAAGGCUGAAAAUGCUAAAAAGAAUUAAAUAAUUACGGAUAGUUUCUCUGGCACUAAUCUAUCUAGCUUUUGAAAUGGCACUUUUGUUUGCCAAAACUUAGCUCAAGUCACCAAAUUGUUAGCAGUAGUCAUUUCCAAAACAAAAUUAUACAACAAUUGUCAAGACAUUAACUUCAUUAAUAUUAUAAAUAUGUUAGCACCUUGUAGGUCCUUUGACAGAUCUUCGUUCACUUUGGUAAGAGACUGAGGCCUAAUUCACAAAGCUCUCUUAGGCUCUGCUAGACAACAAAGUAUCCUCUUUGCAAGUGUUUUAGCAUUGCACAGCGAGAUCGCAAAGUUGUGAGAGUUUAGUGAAUUAGGCCCCUGGACAUCAACUCAUGCUGCUAAGUUACCCCGUACUGGUGUUCAGUUCUCGGAUGGAUUCAUUUUAGCAAACCCAGAAAAUACUAAUUAUUACUUACAUUAAUUAUCAGUUACUUAAUACUAUUGAGUAUUCAAUUGUUUUUUCUUAACUUUAUUACAAUUCAAACUUAAUGUAUACUUUGGAAUGUUUCCAAAUGAACACAGAAUAUGACAAAACACUACAAAAUGUACCAGGAAGGGAGAAGUCCUUUCUACAUUUUUAACCCUAGAUUGGUGCUUGGAUUUUUCUGUGCUGAUGCAUGUUACUGAUGAUCAGUGUUUAUUAGAUAAUUGUUGUGCCAUAUAUACUUUUUAUAUACAUGGUUUGUUUGAUAUAUUGUUUAACUAUGUUAGCAGAAAUUUUAUUUGUUAUUCCUGUUAUUGUGUGAUUAUCUACACAGGGUUUCUGCAAGAGGGUAAAAUGGGUAUGGCGCCAUACACAAAUUGUUUUGCAGAUUUUAUAUUUUUCAGUUGACCUUUUGAUAAAAUUAAUGACACUUAUCAUUACCAUAUGAUUUUCUUAACCCUAACCCUAAACCUUGAACAUAUUCUUUCCAGGGGAGGCCCCCCAUACCCAUGUCAACAUUAUAAAUAUUCAAUUGCUUAGUGCCAUACCCCCCAAUUUUUUUUUGGCAGAAACACUGCUUCAGAAAGGUUUUAUAUGAUGUGAAAAUCAUCUUUGAAGAUUAGAGUAAGUAAGUUAAAAAGAACAUAUCAUUUGUAUACUUCAAUCGACUGUUCUUGUAAAAAAAAUAUAAUCAUUCUGUUCUUGUUAUUCAGUAUUGAUGAAUUAUGUGUAAAAUUUCAUUUUGUACUGUGCCAAGAUCAUGCACUGAAUUUUGAAACUGAUUCUAAAUAAUUGUUCUCAUUAUCAUGUAUUAUGUAUGAUAUAUGAGAUACGGGUUUAUGAGGAAAUUAAUGAUCUAUGAUUUAGACUGUUGUCAUCAGUCAGAGUAAUUAGAACUUAAUAUCCAUUUUACUUUUUGUCUCAUGGAGUCUGUGGAAUGGUGGGAAAAAGCAGUGUGUUUCCUCUCUAAGACUGUAUGUCAGAAUUACCAAAUGUUUUACAUCCAAUAACCGAUGAUUAAUAAAUUAAUGUGCUCUAGUGUUGUUAAAAAAAGAAAAGAAAAAAAAGAUGCAGACUUUUUCAAAUUAAGACUUUUUCUCGGGAAAGGUGCAAUGCAGGCUGUCCAGCGAUCAUACCGGUAUUUUUUUCUACUUUAUGGACUUUGUGCUAUUUUCAAUAUGGUUUCUUGAAAAUACCUAGUUUUUCCUACUUUUUUGUUUCAAAAUGCAGAUAUGUGCUGUUAAAGUGUACAUAUACAUAUAGCUUGUGUCAUUUUAAAGGCAUAUAAUUGUCACAGACCACUGACCUAUUUAAUGGUCUA